AUGGUGCAGGAAGAGUUAUCAUGGCAUGCUGCCGCCUCAGCACACCUACUGGAAGCCCGCAAGAGAAACGGUCGACUCGGAGCCUGCAAGUCGCGGACAGGAUGUUCGACCUGCAAAGCACGACGCAUCAAGUGCGAUGAGACGAAGCCGGAAUGUCAGCGCUGUCAAAAGACUGGACGAAAAUGCGAUGGUUACUCCUCAUCCGCCAGCCCAGCAAAGCGUCAGAAUGAGUCCUCGAUCAACGUCAAGCAACCUCAGUCUCUCCGUAUCAAAGACAAAGACAGACGGAACUUCGACUUCUUCCUGUCGUUUGCGGCGCCCCGACUGGCUGGGACAUUCGACAGGGACUUCUGGUGUGGCUACGUCCUGCAGUUGGCCCAAACUGAGCCCAUCGUCACCGAUUGCAUACUGGCCAUCUCAACACUGUACGAGCACCCUCAAUUUCUUUCCAGCUUCUACAGCAACCCCAGCGGUACUAUGCGGACGCAUGUUUCGAACGGAGGAGAAGAACUGGAUGUCUUCCACGUUGACGCUCUGGUACAUUACAACAAAGCCAUUCGGACGUUCAAGGUGCGGCUAGCAGAGGGCAAGGUGACACCCUCUCUGGCCUUGCUAAGCUGUCUACUGUUUCUCUGCACGGAAAUGAUCCGGGACAACGUCUUUGCUGCGCUCGAGCUGCACACCAGAGGCGCAGACAUGCUUCAGCAGUACGAAGAGGACCUUCGGGGUGAGAAAGGCAGUGGUCUGCUGACCAUGAUCAAACACAUGUUUCGUCGCAUAGGCACACUGGCGCCAGCAUUUGUUCAACGGCGGCUGAUCAGCAUUGACACCGGGACGUCCAAGACGCAAGACCGAGAAGACUUUGCAAACAUGGCGGACGCGCGAGAUGCUCUCUUUACGAUCAUGGGCGACAAUGAUCCUUUCAUUGAGGAUGCGCAUGCAUGGAAAGAGUCGCUUAUCAAGGGCACACCAGAUGACCCACCAUCAAGCGAUGAAGGACUAGGCGGCAACUUGGGAACAAUGUACGGUGUGGUGUUUCGGAUGGUGACCAAGACACCAAAUAAUGUGUUGAAGACAGGACCUCCUGUCUCACCGCUCCCAGAAAUCCACCCACCUUUCUACUCUGAUCCUUAUGAGAGCAACGGUGCGAAAAGCGAUGCUGCGAAUCGGCUUGAACUCAGUCGAACGAAGUGCAGGCUGGCGUCGCCACUUGGUAGCGCCCACGGCCAUGGUGAGCUGAAGAAUCUGUUACGACAACAACUUGAUCUACUCGAGCGCCUCGAUGAGUGGCUCCAGCGCUUCGAUUUGACACUCAAGCGAACACCUACCUUACCAGAGACCGCGAGCUACCUCAUGAUGUACUAUUACUCGACCCUGAUCUGGCUCUCGACACGACUGCAUCUUGCCGAAAGCGUGUUCGACGACUUCACACCUCACUUCCGUCGGCUGGUCGACCAUGCCGCGGUAUACCUAGACGCCAAAGCGAGAGAGCUGCCUGUGUUCACCUUCGAGAUCGGCGCGACACCUCCCUUGUUCUUGGCAGCAGCAAAGUGUCGAGUGCCUUCGAUCCGCCGGCGUGCGCUGGACUUGAUGCGCAAGGCGCCCAAAAAGGAAUGUAUGCACAGCUCAGUGAGCACUUCCGAGUUCGCCCGCCGCUUGAUGGAGAUCGAGGAGGAGGGCCUGGUAUCUUUGGACGAUGCGGUGGUGCCACUGGAAUGCAACAGGAUCCGCGGUCCUGAAUUACUGAAGAACUUGACGACUGGACAGUUCGAGGUCAAGGUCGAAAGGUACUCAGAGGAAAAUGGCUUCUUCCGCAUCGACACUGCCUAUGAUUUGAUGUAA